CAUAGUAGGCAAAAUAUCGAUAGUUGAUUACAGACCGGUUGCGUCAGAAGUCCUCAUUUAGAGAAGUUUUGUGAAGUAUUUGCCCAAAAAUAAACACAAACAUGGCUCACACUACAGUUGAUAAGGGUGAAAUUAUGGACCAAGUGAAGCAACAAAUUGCCGUUGCUAAUGCACAAGAGUUGCUCACACAAAUGACCACAAAAUGCUUUAAGAAGUGCGUUAACAAGCCUGGAACCUCGCUGGAUGCGUCGGAACAAAAAUGCGUAUCCCUAUGUAUGGAUCGUUUCAUGGAUUCAUGGAACCUGAUUUCGAGAACCUACGGUCAAAGGCUACAACGUGAGCAAUCAAAUAUGUAAGCACGAUGUGCUGUUGAUGUGACAACCGACUGCACUUGGAGCGUUAUUCGUUGAUAGCAGUUAGUUCUAAUUAGUUCUUCUCGUUGUAUAAAAAAAAAAAAACAUAAAA